GUGCUUGACUCCGCCCAUUUGCAAAUAAAGAAUGGCCGUGCUCGCUAUCGUCAUUUUGAUAAUGAUCGUGGCUUCGGUCGUCAAGCAGGGCAUCGCCCGGCCGCGCCCCAAGAAACCAAUUAUUGUCUUCGUCCCAGGCGCCUGGCACACCCCUGCUGCAUAUGAUCUCCUCUUACCAAGUCUUCAUGCUGCGGGCUACCGAACCACGGGGGUACAUCUUCCCACAGUCGGUACAACCGGGCCUGUUAGCUUUGCCGAUGAUGUUUCUGCCAUUCGCAAGGUAGUUGCUGGUCUUGUCGAGCUAGGAGAGAAUGUCUUCCUUGUCUCGCACUCUUAUGGAGGUCAUCCGGUAACGGAGGCGCUUAUAGGCCUUUCAAAGAAGGACCGCUUGGCUAAGGGUCAACCGGGUGGCGUGGUUCAGCUGCUAUACAUUGCUGCCAUUGUUCCCACGAGGGGGAUAUCUUCCCUGGAAGCGUUUGGGCCGAUGACUCCGAAGGAGAAGGGCGGGACGUGGAUGAUAUUCAAUGAUCUUGGUAAUGGAUAUACUUCACUUGAAAACGGCGAGGAGGCUCUUUAUCACGAUCUCCCUCCAAGUCUUGCGAAGUACCAUGCUUCACUGCUGCGAACGCAGUUCCAACUUGCGGGCUCGGAGCCUUUGACCUACGAGGCAUACAAAGAUAUCCCUGCAGCUUUCCUUUACUGCGAGGAUGACCGCGCGUUUCCUAUUGAACGACAACAGAAUGUGGUGAAGGCAGCUGGUAUCCAACGCACGAUGUCGCUUAAUACCAGCCAUUCCCCCUUUCUAUCUGAUCCAGCUGGGGUCGUGGACUUUAUUCUUGAACUGGCUAAAAUAUAAGUCGUCUAUAGGUUUAGGCACCUUAUUGUUGGAAUUAUU